AUUUUUAUAACAUAUAUCUACUCGUUUUGCACAUAAAUCUGUCUUAAGGGACAUUUAAUUCACUAACAUUAUCGUCUAUUCGGAGGAGAAUUUUCGCAACUUUUUACAAAUUGUUAUAUUUAACUUUAUUUUCGCGAUGUAUUCGUGCGCUGUGCAGUUGAGUGAGAUAUUCUUUGUAUGACUAAUUAACCAAUACACUCGCAUAAAAUGCUUGACUGUAAUACCGAAUAUGUCGCUACGUACCAUAGUACGUGUUUCCAGACAUACAUCAUUGUUCGCACGCCAAAGUAUCUUUCGUCGAUUUUAUCUGCCUAUUAGUAAAUUGACAAUUUUUCCUUUCAUAUACUACUUGCUUAACUGUAUGUAAAGUGCUGUGCCAUAACUUUUUUAUCAAGUGUAGCAGCAAGAGUUUUUUCUAUUUGACACUGUAACAUUCAUCAUGGCGCAUUCUUCCCAUACCUAUGGAUCAACGGAUCAAAGAUCUGAUCUGCCUGAUGUAGGCUUCAGCCCUACAGAAUUGUAUAGUCUUAGUGAAAAUAUAACAGCAAAUAUCUAUACUAUUAAUUCGAGUUACAAAACUCUCUCGCGUUCUUUUAAAUUAAUUGGAACAAAUAAGGAUAAUCAGGCUGUACGAGAUAGAGUGCAUGAAACACAACUAAGUACUAAUCAGUUAGUUACCAUGACCAGUAAAAAUAUUGCUAGAUUAACUGUGCUCAUGAGACAAGGGGACAAACAACUAAAGUUACAAAUUGAAAAAUUAACCAGUGACUUUAAAGAUGCUGUUCAAAGAUACUCCGACAUGCAAAAAUCAAUAGCUGAACGUAUGAAGAGGCACAUGUUAGUUGUCCCUAGCCCAGAAACAAGUGAAAAAAACAAUCCUGAUGAUACUCAAGAUUUGAUUCAAAUACAAGACGAAAUAAAGCAAAGAGCAGAACAAAGAACAUUAGAAUUUGAUCAUGGGUUGAUAUUGGAACAGGAAGAAAGGAUAAAACAAAUUGAAGGAGAUAUCUUGGAUGUUAACCAAGUAAUGCGAGAGCUUGGAGCAUUAGUACAUCAACAAGCAGAUUCAAUCAAUAGUAUUGAGAACAAUAUUGAAAAUGCUCAUGGCCACGUUGAGCUAGGAGCACAAGAACUCAUUAAAGCUAGUAAUUACCAAAAUAAAUUUCGUAGAAAAAUUUGUAUACUUUUAGUUGUAGCAAUAACAUUUGUAAUUAUUUUGAUUUUGGUUAUAGUAUUAUCCAAAAAAUCUAGUUAGCAUUUCCAUGUACCUUGAUUAUAUAACAACGCAGUACGUACCCACAAAUGCAUUAUGCGAGAAUGUAAACACAAUGUAUCAAAUCAAUUGAUAUUUUCUUAAAAUUUGUAAAAUUAUAAAUUUGAAUCAGAUACCUGCGUUUAUUUGAGGAUUUUUGUGGUAUUAUAUUAACUACAUUAUUAUGAUAAUGUCGAAAAUUGAUGCUUUAAAAACAUUAUGAAUGAAUUGAAAAUUUAAUUUUAUAGAAAAAAGUAAAA